AUGGGCAUUUGUCCUCAAAAGGAAGAUGGCACUUUAGUUGAAGAUUCAAAAACUGAUUGCAGCAACAGACUUCCCCUAGAUGCAAGACAAAUCAAACUCAAUGAUCAAUUGAACAUGGUAUGCUUAGAAGAUUUUAUAUUUACAAAGGUUGUAGGCAGAGGAUCGUUUGGCAAAGUCAUGUUGGUUUAACAUAAAAUGACUAAACGAUAUUAUGCUAUGAAAAUACUCAGAAAGGAUGUCAUAUAAUAAAAAGGACAAUAAGUGCACACAAUGAAUGAACGAUAAAUUCUGGAAGUUGCUUAACAUCCUUUCAUAGUCCAAUUGCAUUUUGCAUUCUAAACUCCUGAAAAACUAUAUUUAGUUACAGAUUUUCUUGCUGGAGGUGAACUAUUCUACCAUCUUAGAAAAUCCAAAAAGUUUCCAGAAGAAAGAAUGAAAUUAUAUGCUGCAGAAUUAAUCUUGGCACUCGAUUAUCUUCAUUAAAAAGGAAUCAUUUAUAGAGAUUUGAAGCCAGAAAAUAUUUUGAUAGGAGCUGAUGGUCAUCUGAAAUUGACGGAUUUUGGUUUGUCGAGAACCAAUUUAAAAGAAGGAGAAAGAACUUAUACAUUCUGUGGCACUCCUGAAUAUUUAGCACCUGAGAUUUUGUUAGGCUAAGGACAUGAUUAAUCAGCAGAUUGGUGGAGUCUUGGUGCACUCAUGUAUGAAAUGAUUGCUGGAGCUCCUCCAUUCUACUCUAAUGACAAGGGCAUGAUGUUUAGAAAUAGACUUGAAAAAUAAAUUGAUAUGAAACCAUGGUUCUCUCAAGAAGCCUCUAAUUUGCUUGCUGAAUUAUUGAUAAAUGAACCCACCAAAAGAAUUACUAUUUAAUAGAUCAAAGCCCACCCUUUCUUCAAUUCGUUAUCUUGGGAAGACGUAUAUCACAAAAAGGUCAAACCAUAAUUUAUUCCUAAACUUAAAGAUGAGCUGGAUUUAUAAAAUAUAGAUCCUGUAUUUACAGAGGAGGAGAUAACAGACACUCCUAUUGAUACAUUAAAAGCAGAUACAUUUGAGAAAUUUACAUAUGCGAAUUCUUAAAUAUUCAAAUAAUGA